AUGCCUAAAGAAUUUAUGGACGAGUAUCAACCGCUGCUUAUUAAAGGAAUUAAAGAUUCAAAGCAACCAACGUUUCCAAACAGAUCACUUCUGCUGGCUGUAUGUGCUGCUUGUAUAGGGGGAACCUUUCAGUAUGGAUACAAUGUAUCUGUCAUCAAUGCACCUACAAUGUACGUGCAUAACUUCAUCAACGAAACCUGGAGUGAACGUUACCAGUCGGACAUAUCUGACCACGUUCUCACCCUGCUGUGGUCCACUAUUGUGUCUAUGUUUACAGUGGGGGGGCUCAUUGGAGUAACAAUCGGUGGAACAAUGUCUAUGAUGCUGGGGAGGAAAGGUGCACUGUUGGCAAAUAAUGUAUUUGCAAUAUUGGCUGCUCUGUUCAUGGGUCUGAGUUACCCGACAAGAUACUUUGAAUUACUCAUUGUUGGACGUCUUCUCUGUGGAAUAAAUGCAGGAAUUGGACUUUGUGUUCAACCUCUGUAUUUGGGAGAGAUAGCUCCGACUUCUCUCCGUGGUGCCAUGGGAACAGGGACUUCUAUUUUCAUCACUGGUGGAAUUUUGACUGGACAAGUGAUCGGCCUCAAGGAGCUCCUGGGCAGAGAAGAGCUGUGGCAUCUUCUGCUUGCUACCACAUGUGUCCCGGCCAUCAUGCAGCUCAUCAUCCUGCCCUGGUUCCCUGAGAGCCCGCGUUACCUGCUCAUUGACAAAGGAGACGAUGCCAGAUGCAAAAAAGCUCUGAAGCAGCUGCAUGGUGGGAUUGGCUGUAUUGGAGAAUGGGAAGAAAUAGAGAAAGAGAGGAAUAAUUUUGUAGGUUUCAAAGCAAAGAAACCCUGGGAGCUCUUCACUGAUCGUUCUAUUCGCUGGCAGCUUCUCACCAUCCUGCUGCUCAAUGCUGCACAACAGCUGAAUGGCAUCAACGCUAUUUACUUUUAUGCAGAUUACUUGUUCAAACAAGCUGGGAUUCCUUCGGAAAAAAUACCAUAUGUAACGAUUGGUACUGGUGCUUGUGAAUGUGUCACCGCUUUAACAUGUGGUCUGCUCAUUGACCGUCUGGGAAGGAAAGUGCUCAUCGCAGGAGGAUACACACUGAUGAGUAUCUGCUGUGUUUUGAUCACGCUAACUCUCACUUUCCAGGAAGCCAACCCAAUAGUCCCAUACUUGAGCAUGGGUUGUGUAUUUGCUUUUAUUCUGAGUUUUGGCCUAGGACCAGGUGGCGUGACAAACAUCUUGACUGCUGAACUAUUCACACAAAGCACACGGCCUGCAGCAUACAUAAUUUCAGGGUCACUCAACUGGUUCAGCUUCUUCUUUAUUGGCCUGGCCUUCCCUUUUAUUGUGAUCGGGCUGCAGCAGUACUGUUUCCUUGUGUUCUUGGUCAUCUGCGCCUUAGUGGCCACAUACAUUUGCCUUGCUGUUCCUGAAACCAAAAACAAAACCUUCCUGGAAAUCGAGAAUGCAUUCCUGUCCAACAACAACAAAAAGGCGAAUGGUGUGGAUGCAACAGGAGCAAUACUGUUAUCAACUUCCAUAUGAAGAACAACCCAUGACUCAGGGGUCGCUCAAGCUAAGAUUUUUAUGUGUAAUAUAGAGUAUACAUAUAUCACAAAGAGCAGUAAUAUACUUUAGAACAUGUAGCAUAAUAAUAACGGUGCUUUAAGUUAUGGGACCUUGCUUGAACUUCAGUGUACUGUCAUAGUAAUGAUUAGGUCUUGUUAGGUCACCUAUAUACAUUCAAU